UCUGUCUAGCAACGGAGAGACCACGAAGCACAAGGCUAAUCUGGUCCGCAACAAGAAUUCUCGCAACCAGCAUGGCCCGCGCCCGGAUCACGUUCAGAAGAACCGAGAGAAGCAGAUGUUCUCCAAUAUGUUGAAGAAAGAGAAGCCGAGUCUGAUCCAGCAAGCCGCUGCGAAUCUGAUCGCGCAAAAUCCGAACUUGACCCAGAAUCACACUGCUGGUAGCAAUGACGACAGUCAUGCGGCCAAUUACGCAGGAGAUUCCAAGUGGUGUUCGAAUUGCAAUUCGGAAUCACAUAACACCAAGGAUUGCUGGUACAAAAACGGCAAUAAGGUCAAUAACAAAUCUUCCAACAAAAAUUCCGGUAAGGGUAACAACACGAAUACUGUUCGCAAGGGCAACGACAAGCCGAAGGGUGGAGGUAAGAAAGGAAAAGGAAAGAAGGGUAGGAAAUACUGAGUCUUAGAUGGUGUUUCGAAGAAAAGUAGCUUGUUACACAAACUACAAAAAGUAAGAAAACUAUUCUUACGGCUGACGAAAACUCGAUGCUAUAAUACAAAUUAUUCGCGAUGUUUUUCAACUAAAUUUU